CGGCGGCGCCACAGGCCUGCCUGGCUGGCGCGCCAUGGGCAGCGGCAGCAGCCGGAGCGGCCGCGCCCUGAGGCGGCUGCGCAGCCCCGACAGCCGGCCGGCGGGGCCCGGCGGGGCAGCCCCGGAGGGCGGGACGGGGCUGCCAGUCUCGGCGACGGCGGCGGCGGCCCGGGAGGAGGCCAGGGAGGCGGCGGCGGAGGCGGCGGAGGGGGCGGCCGGACCCGGACCCGGACCCGGACCCGCGGCGCCCCCCGACGGCGGGGACGAGACGCUGCGCCUGCUGGACCAGCUGCUGGCCGAGUCGGCGGCCUGGGGCCCCGGGGAGCUGGCCCCGCGGGGCCCGGCGCGGCCCCGACCCGCAGCCGGCGCCGGGAGCCCGGUGUCCCCAGAACGGAGCACUGAAGACCACCCAGAGAGCAGCAGUGUCUCUGAAGCCCCAGGCAGCUGCCACAAGAGGCCUGAGAGGCAGUCAGCCAUCACGUACGACUACUCCGAGGAGGAGCUGAUGGCCAGCAUCGAGCAGGAGUACUGCUGCUAAGGCUGGUGCUGCAGCAGCCCCGUGGUCACCCAGCGGCCAAUGCGCCAUUCCUCCCAGCCCCAGCCCCAGCUGACUGGGUCUCUUAGGAACCUAGGCUGGGUGCACACAUCCCCCUGUCCCGCCCAGGGCUCUAGCUGGAGCUUAGCCACCUCCAACAUGCAGUUACUCCCAGAUCUUUCACAACUGCCCUCUUCAAAUCCAUAUUCACACAGUCCUGAACGUGGCUGGCUGCUGGCCAUCAUGCUUGCUGGCAAGAGGUGAUCAGCUGUGCGGAUCCAGGCCAGAAGGAAGGCACAGGUGCUGCCCCGCAGGUGCAUGGGCAGGUGACCUGCCAGAUACCUGCCCCUCCUCUCAGUCUCUCGGGAGAUCCGUCUACAAGGUUCUCCUGGAUCUUGAAAUGCUUCCCCUUUCUGAAGGCCCACUUGCCACCUGCUCCGAAGAAGCCUCUUUAGCUGAGUGUGGCUCAGACUGGACACUUUGGGAACUCUAACACACGUCCCAGAGGGCCCCAGGGAGGUUCCGCUCUGGAGGGCACACCCAGGAGGUAUGCCUUACCGAGCUGGAGGGAGUCACCCUCUGUUCUGCAAAUGAGUCGCCUGGAGAUGUUAUUGAAAUGCAGAUUCUGAUUCUGUGGGUCUCCAGCAGGGCCCGAGAGUCUGCAUUUCUAACCAGUUCCCAGGUGAUACCCAGGCUGCUGGAUCCCGGCCAUGCCUGGAGUAGCAGGGACAAGGUGUCUGAGCUUUAGGCCUGGCUGACUCUUCCUUCCCCGGUGCUGGAGGCGGCCCAGAGCCACGACCCACCCGCCUCCCCAAAGAGAGGCCUGUGCCCCUGCAGUGGGUGUGGUGGGACAGGAGCCAGAGACCCCAGCUCUGAUCCUCGCUCUUGCACUAACUUGCAGUCACGCCCCCCCCUCUGGUCCUCAGCGUCCCUCUCUAGAAAGUGAGUCCUGGAGGCACGCCCCAUCCCCCAGCUCUGACCAUCUGGGAUCGCACGAUCCCAGGCUUCCUCGGUCUCUCGUCCCCUGGGGGCACGGGACUGCCUUCCCCGCUGCGGGUGAGCACCGGCCACACCUGGAAAGGGUCUUCAGGGCCGCCGGCUCUUCCCACCUGGUAGAAGGUAGAAAAUCACAGCAGUGAGGCCAGGAGAGCCUUAGAACAUUCCCAGCUGACUGAUGAGAAAGCUGACACCCUGUGAAUCAGGCAGGGCCUGGAGGCGAGUGCUUCUUGCGCUAGACGUGCACAGAGGGCCUACUGGGUGCCGAGCGCGGCUCCAGGCCUUCUCUUGGUCGCUGGGUGUUGCUUCUGAGCCCCAGCCUUCUGCUGUGGAGCUGAGUGUGGAACCUGCUCAUGAAGGGGGGGUGGGGCGGGGAACGUGGCUGAAAUAGAGGCAGGAAGAAAAACGUCUCCAUGUCAAAGGUGACAAUGACACAUCGAUGUCUGGAAAAGUCUCAGUGCCACACACGUGUCUCCUGGCUUCUGUGGUGGCGAGUUCCUCUGAGAUGCUACAAAGCCCAGGAAUUUAGAAAGCACGCUCCAUUCCCAGCUCUGAGAAAUGUUGUGUCCGUCCUCCUGGGGAAGAAGCCGGGCCACGGCCCUCCUUCUGCCCCUCGCACGAGUUCUCAAAGGGGUCCCGCCUGGCUCAGGCUCCCUCUCCUCACCUAAGGUGAGCUUUUCCGAGACACUCCCCUUUGAGGUUCCAAAGUCUCAGAGCCACUUCUCACUGGGCUGCCAUGCAGUGAGAGGGCACCACUGGGUGGACGCCCCUGGGGAAUUUCUGUUCAACCCCCCACUCGUUCUCACCUUCUGAGCCCCCGCUGCUGUGAGCCCGGCCCUCUGCUGGAUGCCAGGGUUCGUGUAGCAAGAUCUGGUCUCCACUAGCGAGGACAUGCUGUUUCUAGUGGCGCACCCGUAAAGAUGGAUUCACUCCAGAGAAGCUAAAGGCUGUCAGAGAACUGUAGCCAAAAGCCCUCUGAAGAUGUAGCCUAUGUGGAGUGGGGAUGUGGUUCUUCUUCUGGGCUGGCGAUAGUUAGGCAGGAGAAAAGCCUUCUUGGUUGCCUUUGAGAAGACAAAUAACAUUUGAGGCUCUGAAGUCCUGUGCUCUCCCUAGGAAGGAGACAAUGUAAAACCAGACCUUUGGGGUGGUGACAUCUGGACCCCCUGGGACCAAAUCAGACCUUACCAGGUGGGCGGGGCUCGAUUUUCUGGUGUGAUGAAACCCCUCUGGAAACAAAAAGCUGCCUUUUCUGUGACGUGUGGACCCUGGGAAGGAGCGGUGACACAUUUUAAGUCCUCAAGAGGUGGAUGACAUCCGAUGGACACCCUGUGGAGCUGGAGCCCCGGGGUGCGCACGCGAGACUGAAGAAGCGUGUGGUUUCGUGUGGCACUGAGGGCACCCGGCUGCGCUUUCAAGGUCCAAACCUCCACCAAAAUCAGGGGCCUGUGGUCGGCUGUCAACAGUGGCACCACGUGGCAGCAAGGCGUCCACACAGCAGGGUGUCCGCUUGGACUGGGUGUCUCUGUCCCUGGAAAGUGGCGGAUACAAAGACCCCAGCCUGGGAUAACUAAGCCCGAGAGGUUUAGGACUAUUUGCAGGGAAGGGGAGAAACUGUAGAGGGAGGGGCUGACUUUUCUACUAAUCUGGUGAGGAGAGGAUUUGAGUGAAAAAUAAAAAUAAUAUGACCUUA